ACUGUCGUGUUUGCUGGCCGGUUGGCGAUCACUCACGGAAAAACAACAGACAUUCACCGCGUCAGAAUCGGUAGUCAGAAGUGAAUCCGAUUUAAUCCUCAAUUUUCCAAAGUGUAAAAGCACACCAGUCAAGGUGCUGUGUAAUUUUAGCGGUCCGGUUUGUCACAGGCUGCGUUUCGGGAGAAAAGGUGACCUGGAAGCUGAAAAAAAAGAACUUGAUUGUUCCCGUUUCGACGGUCUCCAGAGCGCAGUAGGCAGGGGCUUCAGCCAGCAUCUCUGCCCGCUUCCUUUGUGCCGUUAAAGGAUUAUAACGCCUAUCUUCGCUCCGUAUAAAUCACCAUGGCAUGCGGGGCCACUCUUAAACGGACUAUGGACUUCGAUCCGCUGAGUGCGGCGUCCCCGAAGCGGCGGCGGUGCAGCCCGGUGUCUGCGGCGGCGUCCGCCGCUUCGCCUCGGAAGUACCUGCGCAUGGAGCCGUCGCCGUUUGGAGCCGCGACCGCCAGACUCACCACAGAGCAAAUCCUGAACAACAUCAAGCAGGAAUAUAAACGUAUGCAGAAGAGGCGGCACUUGGAGAGCAGCUCCCAACCAGCAGAGAGUUGCUGUUACCUCCCUGCCCAUCCAGGCACCGCCCCCGCCCACCCUGGCACCGCCCCCGCCCACCCUGGCACCGCCCCGCCUGCACACGCUGCACUCACAGGUGCAUGUGCUGGUGCGUCGUCACCCUCCAGACGAGAACAGCCCCUGUUCACCCUCAGACAGGUGGGCAUGAUCUGUGAACGUCUCCUGAAGGAGCGUGAGGAGAAGGUUCGCGAGGAGUAUGAGGACAUCCUUACCACGAAACUGGCAGAGCAGUAUGACGCGUUUGUGAAGUUCACCCAUGACCAGUUAAUGCGAAGGUUCGGGGAGCAGCCUGCUAGCUAUGUGUCGUGAGAGGUUGGGCGUGCUCCAUAAGUACGAGUGUUCUGGAACUCCACUGUCACCUCGCUGGUUUCCGCUCUGCUUCACUGGCCUCUCUGCCUGUGGUAACCGUGGUAACCCGGGUGUUGCAGUGAGGGUCUCCCUGGGCUACCAGCAGUGCCACCGUCCUGGCCAGGAACAGAGAGUGUGCGUGUGCAAGCCUUCUGUCUGUGAUUUUUUACGCCACCCUCUGAGCAGACGUCUGCUGUCUGAAGCACUUCCUGCCGACGGCGUCAGUACACGCAUAUUUUGAGAACUCUUCAGAUAUGCUACUGCUGGCGUUACAUUUAUUGGGCGUUCUUCCUCCUUGCCUUCAUCCCUGAUAGUUUAAUCUGAUGUCUGUUUUUUUUAAACCCACCCCUCUUUUACCGUAAGACAUUUGCUCACAUUGACCAGUUAUACCAUGGUUGCAGUGUGUGUGGUGCCUGGGUGCUCACAGGGACAUGGACCUGCAGAACCUCUCUUUGUAUAGUUGCACCUGGCUCACCUCAGUAUUUGCUCCUGUACAAAGCACUCAUAUAUUUGGAUUGAAAUGCCUUAUCUUGUUCCCUUUAUUUUUAUUGUUUUAUUUUUUUAAUUUUCCCCCUGAGCCUUCUGGUUUUAUUGCUUGUGUACUUGGAAUUUUAUGUUGAGAAAAUAUACAAAUAAAUAGUUUACAUGUUCAACAUUU